AUGUCUCACUCUGCGACGCGCAAGGCAGGGCUGAGGUAUAACAGGAAGCAGGCUGCUUCACGCGUUGUCUAUUCUUUCGCCAAAUCUGUUAUUCUACCGUCAGUCUGUGUUUUCUAUCUCGUAGUUCUCUACAAGCUCUACACUUGGGGCUUCUCCUUCCUGAGCCCCUCUACCGCCGUGACCUUGUCAUGCGAUCUCCCCGGUUGCUCGCAUCCCGUAUAUCUCGAUUCAGCUAUGAAACCUCCGCCAACUAGCAACCCUAAUCUUGCUACAGUGCCGUCCUUCUUGGAAGAAUUGCAUCCCGCCGGGCCUAUCCAGCACAGCUCCUUGACUGUAGUGCUUCCUGUAACUGCUAGUGCCAUACCUGACCUGGAAUCUAAACUCCUGGCCCUUCACAAAGGAUCCGUUCAUCUCAGCGAGAUUAUCGUCGUAUGCCCAGAGGGGAUAUUCUCAGUCGUUCGUCGGAUCCUGCACGAUGUCGUAUCUGUAACUCUGGGGGACUCUCGGGUCGAAGUCAUUCUACAACCUUGGCAACGGGGAGUUGGUGAAAUCGAGGUACUUGCUCGGGCGACCUCGCAGGCGACAAGCGAGUUUAUCUUGAUCAUGGACGACUUCGAGUGGAUGGAGGUAGCUGACAGCGGUGCUCGUAGGAAGAUACUGAAUCCUCUCAACGUGUCAUUUCCCUUCGGGAUCAGAGGAUAUGGCUCCCCCCAGUCUAUUUGUCUAGUCCCGUCCCAUAAUCCACAGACAGCGUCUUUCCUUGUGCCUCCAUUCGUCUUCCCCUCCAAGCUCUUGCUUCCAGACGAAGGGCAUCACCGUCCCCAACUCCAAGAUUGGCGUGGGUUCGGUGAACAUUUGCUUCGCCGACAGGACAUGGUGGGAGCUGUCGUAUUAGCUUCUGAAGAUCCUCUGGUGAUCGAUACCUGGUGUCAAGACUCUCAGCCGAUACAGGACGAAUCGCCUCCUGUCCCUGUGAAACAGAACGUACUUGACGAAAACCUUCUGCGCCAGCAAUUGCUUGAAAACGAUACGACAACAACAUCUCGCGGGACGUUUGGUCUCCUGCUCCCAACUCUAGAUGAUCUACAGGCCUUCUCUUCGCCCGCUUGUCGACUUGUAUCUGAAGGACAUCGUUUGCACAUUCUUCUCUACGGAGCACAAGAACGCCAAUCGGGUGCCGAUAAAAAUCAUGGCAUGGACAAUAUCUUGGAUGAUAAAACUCUUGUCAACGGCGAUUGUAACUUGUAUUACCAGAUACAGCGACCGAGAGACGUAUCGAUUGCCCUCAAACUUACAUCCUGGCUUAAGAAUCUACACAACUCACCUGACGUGCUAAUAGCGCUAGCUGAGCAAGAUUCUUUCACCGAUCAUCUAUCUCAAAAUUUCGGACGCGAGAACACUGAAAUUAAACUUAUCCAGAUUCCUCGACUGGACCUUCUCUAUUGUGACUGGAUGGGCACGCUCACUAUUCAGGAAUGGAAAAACUGGCAUACUCCAAAAAUUGACAUCAGUAUCAUCACAAACGAUAGGCCUGACUCGCUGUCUCGCUUGUUGACCUCGCUGAGCAGAGCUCGUUAUUUCGGCGACAAACUAACCUUGCGCGUCAAUGCAGAGCAGACUGCCGACAAGAGGACACUUCAGCUUGUCCAAAACAUUCAGUGGAACCAUGGCGCCGUUUUUCUGCAUCAUCGGGUUGUCCGUGGUGGUCUGCUUCCAGCUGUCGUGGAGUCUUGGUAUCCUCUGUCAAACGAUACGUAUGGCCUUUUGCUCGAAGAUGACGUAGAGGUAUCGCCUCUGUUCUAUGCUUGGUUGAAGAUGUCACUUCUUCGCUACUGCUAUGGACAGGAGACCAACAAAGUACCCUUCCUGUUUGGAAUCAGCUUGUAUCAACAAAAGAGUGUCGAACUAAGACCCGAAGGCCGUCGACCAUUCAACGCGCGCCAAUUAUUUACUUCGUCUGGAAUCUCACACUCUAGCACUCCUUAUCUCUCGCAAAUCCCUUGCAGUUGGGGCGCACUCUACUUCCCUGAACACUGGCGCCAAUUUCAUGCCUACCUGUCCGCCCGACUGUCACAGCCCCCCGUCUUUCCAUUCUCUCUGAAGGAUAGCAUCGUUCCAGACGUGCGGUCGAACAAAUGGACGCAUUCUUGGAAAAAGUACUUCAUCGAGCUCGUCUAUCUUCGUGGCUAUGUGAUGCUAUACCCUAACUACGCCGAAUUCACCUCGCUCUCGACGAACCAUCUUGAAGUCGGUUCUCACGUGAAAAAUAUGCCGCGGGAUAUGUACAACAAAAAGAAAUCUUUGUUCAGUCUUCCCCUCAUGCAGCUUCCCGACAGUAAUGUAUCUUUCUCGCCGGAAACAAUGCUUUUGCGGCUUCCAGAUGGCCAGCUUCCAGCGUGGUCAGCUCUGCCUGUAUUGGAUUUACAUGGCCUUUUGGUUUCUGGAGAUGAGAUACAACGGAGGGGCAGGGACAAGCGAUCUUCAUUAUUUGACUGCUUAUCAUCACCCUCAGACGACCCCGCUCACGACCUUCUUUGUUCGGAACCAUGA